AUGAGACGGAAUCAUUUGGAGAAUUAUUUUAGGGGAGGAGGAGGAGGAGGUGGUGGUGUAAGGGGGAAGUCGAGGUCGUCGGAAGAUGUUUACACGAGGUCGCAGCUGGAGGCUGCGGGAAAGGAGAGUUUCUUUGAGAGGAGGAUGGCGGAGAAUGAGUCUAAGUGUGAGGGGCGUCCUCCUUCGCAAGGAGGGAAGUAUGUUGGGUUUGGAUCGAGUUCGGGUCCUGUGCCUAUGAGUAAUCAGCAGGAUGAUGUUUUCUCCGUCGUGUCUCAGGGGUUUGGAAGAUUGUCUAUGGUUGCUGCAUAUGCGGCUCCGUCAGCUGCAAGUGUUGUUCAGACAGGAGAAAAAGAAUUUACUUCCAAGUUACUUUUAAGUUUUAACACUUUGAUUCUGCUGUGA